UAGGAGGAACUGCUGUCGUGGUUCUACUUCACUGUACUACUUCACUAAGCCAAAUCCUCCCGCCAAUAUUAACCCUCCAAGACUGAUCUACCAGUCGAGUUUAAUUGAAAUAGAUCCACACAACAAACAUUUUACAAACCAGUCUUAUCCAUCAGCAACAAAAGUGACUUGAAGCAAGUGUGGAAGGGAAUUUCAAAAUUACAAGUCUGAACAGAUUGAAGUAACUGCAAGACCAAAUUGAAAAUUUUUGGUCAGACAUCUGCAGUUUUCCAAAGGCUGAACUGGACGUUGGAAUGGAUAACCUGGAAUCUAAAGGUGGCUCCAAAAUCAAUGACUCUACACUGGGUGGACUGCAAAGAAAAUGUGAUAACGCUGAUUUUGAACGUACAGUGUACCAUACAAGCAGUGAUGAAGGAAAGAAGGAAAAUUAUGCAGGAUCAACUUCCAUGUAUAUGUCUGUGUUUAACCUGAGCAAUGCUAUCAUUGGCACUGGGCUCUUAGGCUUGUCGUAUGCAAUGGCCAAUACAGGGAUUGUACCAUUUGUGUUCCUUUUAACCAUUAUCACCAUGUUGUCACUUUAUUCUAUUCAUCUUUUGCUCCAGAUUUCAGUUUUAACAGGUUCCAUGGUAUAUGAAACAUUGGGACAACGUGCAUUUGGCAGACCUGGGAGACUAGCAGUAUUUGGAUCAACGUCACUACAGAAUGUUGGAGCCAUCUUGAGUUACCUAUUCGUUGUCAAGAAAGAACUACCUCAGGUCAUCCAAUCCUUUACAGGUCAAGACAAUUCUGAAGCAUGGUUUGUGGUUGACCAUAACCUUGUUAUACUUGUGACUUUAAUAAUUAUUCUACCCUUGUGUCUAUUCAAGAACAUUGGGUACCUUGGAUACACUAGUGGAUUUUCACUUGCCUGUAUGAUUUUCUUCCUAACUGUUGUUAUCUACAAACAGACCCAACUUUUCUGUGAUACUUUGGUAUCAGCCAAUAUUACAGACCUUGCUUGUACACCUGUGUGCACACCAGAAUAUUUUGUCUGGAAUGAUAAGACAGUCUAUGCUUUGCCCACUAUGGCUUUUGCUUUCGUGUGCCAUCCAUCAGUAUUGCCCAUCUAUCGUGAACUUAAAGAUCACACUUGCAAAAAAAUGCAGAUUGUUUCAGUGAUAUCCUUCUUCUCAAUGUUUGCCAUCUACCUGCUUACAGCUGUGUUUGGGUAUUUGACAUUUUACAACACGGUCAAUGCAGAGUUACUUUUAUCUUAUAGUGAUCAUCGUGACAAACUCAUUUUGGUACUUCGCUUGGCUGUGAUAACAGCUGUAGUUCUGACUGUGCCUGUCCUUCUGUUCACUGUCCGUUCUUCAAUUGUCUUGCUGGUAUUUAAGGGGAAAUUCAGAUGGCUCCAUCACUUUUUGAUUACAGUCCUUCUUCUCGCUGGCAGCAACGUUUUGGUGAUAUGCAUUCCAACGAUAAUGGAUGUAUUUGCUGUUAUUGGCUCGACUUCUGCUAACAUGCUGAUCUUCAUUCUUCCUGCUUCGUUAUAUUUAAAACUUGUGAAGAAUGAGCCUCAAAAUACCUGGCAAAGAAUAGGGGCUAUGGCCUUUCUGGCUGUUGGGAUAAUAUUCAUGUUCGUCACUGUGCCACUGAUCUUUGUUGAAUGGCACAAAAGAAGCAGCAACAGUACCAGCACGGGCAGCUGCUCUGGUCAACAUUGAUGUUAGUAAUGGGAUGAAGACAAGGCAAGCUUUCUCAGCAACACAAGGCCUCUGAAGACGCUUUGUUCAAAAUGUUGUUUGGAUCAUCAGAAGUUACGACACUUCUUGGACUUUUUUAUUUGCAAAAUUGUCAUUGCAGGAUAAGGCAGCCAUAUUAAAAUUUGGAUAAUGUGACUGUACACUCAGACAGUUCUGAAGCUGCAAUCUUCAUAGAUGGAUGAUCAUAAGUAAAUUUUAGUUUUGCUCUUGUCUCAAAAUUUCAUAUCUGUUUUGAAAAGAAAAAGCAUUUCCACUAUUAUAUUUGAAGUUACUAAUGAGCUCCUUGGAGUGUCAAGUAUUUCUCAAAAAUCUAAUUGUCAAUGUAUUUCUUGAAUUUUUUUUGCAGAUUUUUGGCAGACUAUUUCAUUUUGAUUAGACAUUUUAAAAGUAGAUUUAUUUUAUUUGACCAAUACAAAGCCUAAACAUUAUUUAGUUUAAUAUGACAUUGUUGUGCUUUGGAGAAAUUAGUAAUAGGAACCAAUAAUAAAACAUGGUUGAAAUUAUGUCCUGAUGCACAAACGGAUGAAAACUUAAUACAGUCCUCAAAAAUGCCUCUCUUUAUAGUAUUGGUGGAGACAAGACAUUUCUAGAUGACAAUUUGACUGUUACUGAAUGUCCCCAUUGUUAGUGGAGCAGGUUAAACUUAGAAUAGUUAUGGCACUGAAAGAGGUCUUUUGGGAAAGUGAGAGAGUCUAGGAUGGAAUAAUGAGGAGAUCACAGAUUUAAAACAAAAUAGGAGAAAUUUCUUCUCUCAGAGGGUAGUGAAUCUGUGGAAUUUUUUUCCCACAGACGGCUGUAGAGGCUGGGCCGUUAAGUACAUUGCAGACUGGUAUGGAUUCCUUAUCAGCAAGGGCAUCUAGGGUUACAUAGAAAAGGUAGGUGGAAUUGAAGAUUAUCAGAUCAGUCAUGAUCUCAUUGAAUGGCUGGCUUGAUGGGUUGAAUGGCCUACUUCUGCUCCUGUGUCUUACAGUCUUGGCCCUUCAUAUCUAUACUGGUUCUCUAAAAGAGCAGCUGAGCUGGACCCACUCCCUUGCCCGUUCUCUGUGGCCCUGCAUUUUUUUUUUCUUCAGACACUUCUCUAAUUCCUCUUUGAGUCGUCUUCCGUCACAAUCUCAGGCAGUGCACUACUGAUUCUAUCCACCCACAGUGUUACCAAGAAGUUUAAUGUUGUCUUUGCUUUUUUUUUGCUAGUCCCCACAGGUUCUCAAACCUUUCACUGAUAGAAACUAUUUUUCUCUACCUCCUGUGCCUGGAUCUCUUAUGACUGUAAAUACAUUGAUCAAACCUUUUCUGAACAUUCUCUGGAAGGAGAAUACAUUCAGCUGCUCCAAUGGCAUUUAUGUCAAAUAUAAUGCUGCAGAUACUUUCACUGCCUACAAUUAUCCUCCUGAUUUUAAGUGUUACUUUUAUAUCAGUUUUCUUUAGUUGUACUUGAAUAUGAACAUUUCUGGCAAGGCCAGUAUUUAGUGCCUGUUGUUGACUAUCCUUGAGAAGGUGGUGGUGACAAUAAAGUUCAUGAAAUAGUGUAGAAAAAUAAUCUCUACAGUCACAAUCUUGGCUUAAUAUUAGCUGAGACAUCAUGUUGAAGUUUGUUUCAACACAAAGACUGUUUCAAACAGUGCACAACCCAGCAAUAUGCUAUUACAGUGGAGUGUAAAUAUUCUGCACCUAUGACUUAGAUGUACAGUUUAAAUCUGUAUUUUUUUAAUCUACAUGAAACAGUAUUCAUAUUGGAACAACUUUCUUCUGAUAAGUGUACUGUUCACCUUACAGUGAGUAAGGUGGUAUCUCUCUGCAUACUUUGUAAUUUUUUUAAUGAUAUGAGUUUAAUCUGUGAAAUAAUGAAUCUUAUUUUAGCAAAAGAUCCUAAUUCAUGACCUGGAGUCAAAAGUUUGAAAUGUUGCCAUGUACUUGAAUUUUAUUUAUGGCCAGUACAUGUGCAUCAAGAGAACGAUUCUGGAUUAGGAAAAGCUGUGAUGCAGAGGUGCUGGCAUUGGUCUGGGUUAGACAAAGCCAGACAUCACACCACACCAGGUAAUAGUUCAACAGGUUUAUUUGAAAUCACAAGCUUUUGGACAGCUGCUCCUUCAUUAGGUGAAUUCUGAUGUUGUUCAAAAAAGCUGGCUUAUUUCAUUAAAACUGAGCAGUUUCCUUUGAUUGUGGAAUGUAAAAUGCAACAAAAUUAUGGCUUUAUUAUAAAUCAGAAGUAUUAUGUUUUUUGUGAUAUGAACAACAAAGAUAAACUGUAAAUAAUGCAAUAUAUAAUACAGUAAGGAUAAAUCUCCUUUCUUCUUCUUCUUACCUUUUAAUUACCUUGACAUCUCUGCGCAUUUCUUAUGUACAUUUCUUACGUGCAUUUCAGCCCUGCUACAGGUUCAUUCAACCACAUGUGUGUUUGUGUCCGUAUCCAAACAAUUUACCUUAUUUUUCUUGCUUCCUUUCAUCCUCUUGGGCUCAUGUGGGAAUUCCCAGAUCAGCUACAAGGCAGUCAGACU